UUAUUUUUAGCCAUAGUAACUCAGCUCUAAUAUACGCGAGAAUAGCUCGCUUGUAUCGAUCUAUUAAUUUUUCAAUCCUUGCAAUCCGGUAAAAGCUUGAAAUUUUCAUCAAAAUUUCUAGCUGUUUGAGCUUGCGAAAAACGAAUAAUCGGUUUUUCCUUUACACCAAUUGGGUUGGGAUGCCCCCUUAAAUGGAGCGAAGAAUUUCGACGUAAUGAGCGCAAAUGAAUUCGCGGUGUGCCGCGAUUGAUUGUCAAACGAAUUUUGAAAAUGUUUGCUCUUAGCGAGGGACGGUUCUCGAAGAAAAGUCAUUUUGAAUAAAUAAAAAUAUCAGCCAAAAUCAGGGAGUAAUCGGAGGCUGCUGAUCCUUGGUCAGAACUUGAUUGGGGCUGUUCAACAUCAGACGAGAUGUUCAGUGUGAAUUACACCGUGAAUACGACACCAUUGGUGAUCGACGACUUGGACCCGGAAGACGAUGAGAACAAUUACGUGCCGUACAGCCAGCGACCGGAAACGUACAUCGUCCCCGUGGUCUUCCUCAUCAUUCUGGUUGUCGGUGUUGCUGGGAAUGGAGCGUUGGUCCUGACUCUCCUCCGUCACGCGAACAUGCGGAAUGUUCCCAACACCUACGUCCUCUCCUUGGCACUGGGGGACCUUCUGGUUAUAGUUACGUGUGUACCCUUCACGUCUAUCGUCUACACGGUUGAAUCCUGGCCGUGGGGAUUGGCUGUCUGCAAAUUGUCAGAAUGCGCCAAGGACAUCUCAAUCGGUGUUUCGGUCUUCACGUUGACGGCACUUUCGGCAGAGAGGUACUGCGCCAUCGUUAAUCCUAUACGAAGGCACGUGGCGGGCUUGAGUGCAAAGCCGCUGACUAUUCUGACAGCUACUCUGAUCUGGGUCUUCGCCAGCGUUCUGGCUAUGCCCGCCGCCUUUUUCUCCUACGUCCCCGAAGUCAAGCUACAGAAAAACCACAGCAUACUGAUCUGCAGUCCCUUCCCCGAGGAAUUUGGGGAGGAAUACAAGAAGGGUGUGGUGCUGUUCAAAUUCCUUGCGUACUACGCGAUCCCCCUCUGCAUCAUCGCCGGAUUCUACCUUGGGAUGGCACGACACCUUGAACUGUCGACGAGAAAUGUGCCCGGAGAAUUUCCCGGUGCACCUCAUCACUGUGGACAAAUCCGAGCUCGUAGGAAGGUCGGAAAAAUGGUUAUUUCCUUCGUGAUCAUCUUCAUCGUCUGCUUUCUACCCUACCACACCUUCGAGCUGUGGUUUCACUUUUACCCGCUCUCUAACGAGGUCUACGACGACUUUUGGAACACGUUUCGCAUCAUUGGUUUCUGCCUAAGCUUCAUCAACAGUUGCAUCAAUCCUAUUGCCCUGUACUGCGUCAGUGGUGCUUUUCGAAAGAGGUUCAACGAAUAUCUGUGCUGCUGUGUUCCUUCUUCGAGGCGUCGUAGUCACAGGGGCGGGCAAUUUCCUCGGACAAGAGGUGGUGCGAGCACCCUAUGCGAGACGAGCUUCAACUCGACGUGCAGACGUCACACACAGGAAUUCAAUUCGACGACUCUUUACAACCUGGGGAAUGAUAAGCCGACCUGAGGACGCCUUCGGCCGCUGCUGGCUCCUCUUCCGAAAGUCACUUUUGACGUACCGGAGAAAAAGGGACGCAGUGGUCAGUCUGCCUUUUAAAACUUUUCGCAAAACAACUUUUGGCGACGCGACUGGAUCCUCAUUUGGCGAAGGUGAACUUGAA